AUGGACAAAGAGUGGACUAAAUUACCGUGGUUUAGUCAAGAGUACAUCAACGGUGUUACUCGAUUUUUAGACUUUGCCUUCACUAAAGGAAGUCCUCAAGGAGGUGAACUUCUAUGCCCUUGUGCUAAGUGUAAAAAUAUAUAUUGGAAAACCAGGGAUAUUAUUAGGGAUCACAUAAUAGCCAAAGGUUUUCUUGACGGUUAUGACGUUUGGGUGCACCAUGGGGAGAAACUACAAAGGUCUAUGGAAAUUGGUGAUGGGAUGGAAGAUCAAGAUGGAUCACAUGAUGACAUUCCUGGCUUAUUGCAUGACAUAUAUGGAGAAAGGGCAGAAGCACACGGAGUUGGUGAAGGUCCCAAUGACGAAGCUAGAACGUUUUACAGUUUGAUUAAAGAGGCGGAACAAGAACUGUACCCUGGAUGCAAAGACUUCUCUUCGUUAUCAUUCAGGAUUCGACUCUACUUGUUGAAAUGUCUCCACGGCUGGAGCAAUACGUCAUUCACUGCCCUAUUAGAAUUAUUGAAAGAAGCAAUGCCUGAUUUGAACAUUCCGGAAUCAUUUUACAAGACAAAAGCCAUGAUAAGUGGUUUAGGCCUUGAUUAUAAGAAGAUAGAUGCGUGCCCAAAUGAUUGCAUGCUAUUUUGGAAGGAGCAUGAAAAGGACAAUUCUUUCACUAUUUGUGAAGCUUCACGGUGGAAACAAAAUGCUGCAACUGAAGGAUGCGAGUCUGAGCAACCCAAAAAUGACUGUAGAGUUCCUGCAAAAGUUUUGAGGCACUUUCCGUUGAUUCCUAGACUACAAAGGUUGUUCAUGUGUUCAAAGACAGCUGAGUCAAUGAGAUGGCAUGAAGAAGAGCGCUCAAAGGAUGGAAAAUUGAGGCAUCCUGCUGACGGUAAAGCGUGGAAGGACUUUGAUGAGCUCCAUCCAGAUUUUUCUAGUGAGUCCCGCAAUGUAAGACUUGGCUUAACGAGUGAUGGGUUUAAUCCAUUUAGGACCAUGAGCUUAUCUCAUAGUACAUGGCCUGUCUUGAUGAUGGUAUACAACACACCACCUUGGCUGUCCAUGAAACCUGAAUAUACAAUGUUGUCAUUGUUGAUUCCUGGACCAAAAUCUCCAGGCAACGAUAUCGAUGUUUACCUCCAACCACUGAUAGAGGAGCUAAAGGAGUUAUGGGAAUCCGGCAUAGAGACAUAUGAUUCUUCAAUGAAUCAAACUUUUCAAAUGCGUGCAGCUCUUCUGUGGACAAUUAGUGACUACCCUGCUUAUGCUAUGUUGUCGGGAUGGAGCACCAAAGGAAAAUUGGCGUGUGCUUGUUGUAAAUCUAACACCAAUUCGUUAUACCUCAAACACAGUCAUAAGAUGUGUUAUAUGGACCACCAUACCUUUUUACCAAGAACUCAUUCUUGGAGAGACGAUGUCAAAUCAUUUAACGGAGAAGAAGAACAUAGAACUGCACCAUCCAUGUUAAACGGGGCUGAAAUUCUUGAACUCUUAAAAGAUUUCAAUAAUGAAUUUGGGAAGAAAAAGAAGAAAACAAAAGAUCAUAUUAAAGCCCGUUAUGAUUUGCAAGAAAUGGGAAUUAGAGAAAAACCUCAUCCAAGGGAGAUUGGUGGAGGACGUUCAGAGUUUGCAAAAGCGUGUUUUUCAAUGACUCCGCACGAGAAGUCAAUUUUUUGUGGAGUUAUAAAGGCUGCCAAGUUACCAGAUGGGACUGCAUCAAAUAUUUCAAAAUGUGUACAAGUUGGUGACAGAAAAAUAUCUGGUUACAAGAGUCAUGAUGCGCAUUUCAUGUUACACUAUUUGUUGCAAAUCGCAAUAAGAAGCACAAUGCCCAAGGAGGUGGCAACCCCACUAAUUCGUCUUGGUUCCUUUUUCCGCUCUCUAUGUCAGAAAGUUAUACAAGUGGAAGAUUUAGAUUACCUAGAAAAUGAGAUUGCAUAG